UAAAAAGGAUAUGUCAUGAAACACAUGUUCAUAAGCUUUGUUACAAGCUCAUAAAGUGGAUUGCAAUAUAGAAUUUUUAAGGACAUCUGAGAAAUGGCAUUCUACCAGCAAGAACCCUUUAACAAUCCUACAAUCCCUUUCACUGGCUCUAUACAACAAGGCCUGCAGGAAGGCAAGAGCAUUAUUGUGAGUGGACGAGUUUUACCAGGUGCAAACAGGUUUCAUGUGAAUCUCCAAUGUGGUUCCCGAUCUGGAGCUGAUGUCGCCUUGCACUUCAACCCUCGCUAUGACAGUGGGCCUGGGUACAUCAUAACCAACACCUUUCAGAAUUCUUCCUGGGGCAGAGAGGAACGCAUAAAUAAGGCUCUUUUACCCAUAGGCAGUACAUUCACCCUAAUGAUCCUAAUCACACGCCAAUCAUACAAGAUAAGUGUCAAUGGAAAUCAUAUCAUGGACUACAAGCACCGGAUUCCCUUCAGCAAGGUUGACACUAUUGUAGUGGAUGGAAUGGUGGCGGCUAAUUCCAUCAAUUUUCAGAACCCUGUGACCUCCUGUCCCCAGCCAGGAUUUCAACCUCAAUCUGCUUUUCCUGCAGGAUGUUCUGUGCCUGCCUUUUCUGCUCCAGCUUCCUCUGUUCCUUCUUUUUCCGCUCCAGCAAGUUUGAACGUGCCCUACAAAAGCAUCAUUAAUGGUGGAUUGCGGCCUGGCAAAAAUAUCACCGUUCAAGGACUGGUUAACCCUCAGGCUUAUGGAUUUACAAUCGCCUUACGUCACAGAGAUGGGAUUGCUUUUCUUUAUAAUCCUCGCUUUACUGAGAACGUGGUUGUACGCAACACCCUAACAUCGGGGCAGUGGGGUAAUGAGGAGCGCUAUGGAGGCAUGAUGUUUCGCCAGGGUCAGAACAUUCAGGUGGUCAUCUCCUGCAAUCCCCAACAUUACAAUGUGUUUCUCAAUGGCCAACAAGUGCAUACAUUCAACCAUCGCUUCAGCAAACUGGUGGAGAUUGAUGUGCUGGAAGUGACAGGUGACCUAAGCCUGAGCUCUGUAGAUAUUACACCAAAUUAUUAGCUUACUUCACAAACUUCUCUCUACUUCAAACUUUCCCUUCUUUAUUCUGUAUUUUCCAAGUGUAAUCCCUAAUUUUUAAUUACAUACACUAUAUUGCCAAAAGUAUGUGGACAUACCCAUUACCAUGUUGGACAUCCCAUUCUAAAACUAUUAUUAGUCCCCACUUCUUUUGGCAAUGGAAGAGCAUCCACUUUUCUGGGAAGGCCUUCAGGUGGAGUAAAUCUGUUUUAGAUUUAUGUUAGACAAGAAGGCCUGGUUCAAAUCAAUGUUUCAACUUGUCCCAAAGGGUGUUCAGUUGGGUUGAGGUCAGGGAUGUGCAGGCCACUGGAGUUCCUUCACAGCAUAUGUAAAAAAUAUGUUCUUAUUGGAACAAGUGGUGCCUUUUUCCCAAAACUGUUGCCACAUAACAUGAAUUUCAUAUGUAAUUGAUUUUAUACACCUUUCAAAUAAGGAUGUGACUGAAACACCUGCACUUAAUUUAAGAGGGUUGUCCACAUACCUUUGGCCAUAUAGUAGGGAUGUAACGAUGCCACAAGACAGUUAAUAACUGAUUCAAAAAUUCCACGAUUCAAAUCGAUUUGACAUGGAAAAUGAAUUGAUAUUCACUUAAAACAGCAGAGGGCACUGGCGCUAUACACCUCGCCUGGUUGACGUCACUGACACUAUACGCCUGGUUGCCACAUUCGGGGGUUUUCAGCCAAAUUGGGCUUAAUUCAAAAUAGUUUUGCAUAGUUUGUACCUACCUCCGAAAUAAAAGGGCAUUCAUUAUUUAGAUAAAUAAAACAUCACAAUUACAGUAUUUUAUUUUAUUUUUUUAGAGAAGUAAUAAAAGGAAACUUAAUUUGUCAUAAUUUGUCUUCAAUUUCAAUGUAAAAAAUCGGGGAAAAAAUCGUAUCGUGGACCCAGUAUCGUGAAUCACACAUAAUCACAAACAUAAUCACACAAAUUGACUUAUUUUGUAUUCUGAUCAUUGUUUACAAUAUAAGGUACAGUAGAUACAGUAGAUACCAAGUGUUUAGCUUUUCUGUUAUGCAGUCUUUGUCCGCAUGUCAAGAUGUAUUAAAAAAGAAUACUGAUUGAACCUCCAGUGAUUUUUUUAUCAUUCUAAACAAGAACACUGCAGAAGCUUUAUCUGUACAUUCCUGUUUCCGUUUGUGUGAGAGAUUUUGCCUGAAGGUGACAGUAAACACUGAGAACAAUAAAAAUGCAUUCUGAAACA